AUGUCUACCAACUUGAAUAUUCCUUCAGACAUCAACAAUCCACCCAAAUGGAUUCCCGUCCAGAGUCUCCAAGACAGAUACCAAACCAUCAGUAAUCUCGGUAAUGGAAGUUUUGGUAGCGUUGAAUUAGCCAAGUUUCGUUUAGAUAAGCAUGAGCUUUUCAGGGCUACCAAUGAAAAGAAGGGAACUCUCAUGUAUCCACUCCAGGAUUCACAGGUCAACAUAUCCAACUUAGUAGCUAUCAAAACUAUGAACAGACAGCUUCCAUUGCUCAAUGAUUACACCCGGAUCAAAGAAGUUAGGUUCAUAAUGGCUAUUUCGUCUCAUCCUUGUUUAGUUCAAAUCUAUGAGAUUUUCAUUGACGACAUUAAUUUCCAGUUGCACAUUUCAAUGGAAUCUAUGAAUCAAAACUUGUAUCAACUCAUGAAAGCCAGAAGAAACAUCAAUUUCUCUCCUGUAACUUUGCGCAGUAUUUUGAGUCAGGUGCUUUGUGCUAUUCGUCAUAUUCACAGACACAACUACUUCCACAGGGAUGUCAAACCGGAGAACAUAUUGGUGAUUCCUUCUCACCAAUACUAUGGUACAAAACAGGCAAUUCCACCAUACAGAAAGAAUGACAACUUUGUCAUCAAACUUGCUGAUUAUGGACUCGCUAGACACGUAGGCAACACAAAACCCUAUACUGGAUAUGUUUCUACAAGAUGGUAUAGGUCUCCUGAGAUUCUUUUAAGACAAAAGAUGUAUUCAAAGCCUAUUGAUAUCUGGGCGUUUGGAGCUGUAGCAUGCGAAGUUGCAAAUUUCUCCCCGUUAUUUCCUGGGUCUAAUGAACUUGAUCAGAUCUGGCGCACACUCAAAGUGCUUGGUUGUCCCAUACCAUUAGACCCGCACUCUAUGGAUAGGACAACCUCCUUGCCAAUGGGAGGGUUCUGGAAAGAUGCCCAUGAGCUUGCUAGUAAGCUUGGAUUCACAUUUCCUCCAGAGACAGGAGUUCAGAUACAGGAUAUUCUCCCCAAUGCUAUCCAUGCCGAAUUAGCAGAAGUAGUACGUGGAUGUCUAAUAUGGGAUCCACACCAGAGAUCUACUGUAGAAAGGCUCUGUUGUAUGCCCUAUUUCAGAACCACUGUUGCAGCCAUUGAU